AGCACAGCCACAGAAUGCAGGGUGCAUGUAGCCGUGUGAAUGUCGAAGGCAGCGACGCUAGAACGUAAAUUUCAGAAAAAAGGCAGCCGCUUUUUCACCCGAGAAAUCGGAACAACAACUGAGCUACGCUACUCUACUUCUAUCCACUCGUUGUUUGCAGUCUGAUAGCCUGUUCACGUUAUACAGGUAGCUAGCUCAGUCGCUAGUAUUGGAAGUUUCCAACGCAGUUGUUGUGUUUUCGUUUUGCUCGACUGCCUGGCGCGAAGAAGUACGAAUUUUUGGUCGUAGGCAAAGAUGGCGAAGUCAGUAUUGUCCCUGCUACUCCAUGUCGCUCUGGUCGCUAUCUGUUCAACACCUCAUGGUUGCGAAGGUUCAUCAGGCCUUGGCACUACGAGCCCGCCGACCCAAGGACCACCACCGCCAUCCUGCAUGCACUGGGUGCUGGUGACGAUUGGUGUUAGUCCGACCGCGGCGUACCGGAUGGAAGAUGACCUUGCCAGGAGCAACUGGACCGAGGAACACAUCCUGAACUCUUCCAAUCACACCCUGGCUCAGGUGCUGCUGUCCCCAGCUGCAGUCGCUGAUAGUCUGCAGCGAUGUCUAAACCGCGAAUCAGCUGCGUGCGCCCUUGCACAAUGCCAACAUGGUGGUACAUGUGACCCGGACCAUAGCACUCAGCAGCAACAGCAACAGCAGAGCUACUCGUGCAACUGCACUGACUUCUACACGGGCGUACUGUGCAACAUAGAGGAUAGUGAAGCAAGUGAAGAACUCCGGUUGCUACAGGCAAAGGUCACUGCACAGGAGAACCUAAUCACACGAAUAGUGCGCAGACUUACCGACGUCAUCAAAGCAGUGAGAAUGUUACGUGUACGGCAGCAAUUCGUAAAGAAGACCUACCUGCGCACCUUGGACACUGCACUUCUGUACCUUCUUCCCUGCUCACGUCAAUACCUCGGCUUCCAGUACAUGAGUGAGUUCAAUACCACCGCCAUCAGCACUAGUAGACCGGUAACACAGAUGACGUUCAGGAAGAAGGAGUCGCACACGGUCCUGCGCAUCACCUACUCAACGUCGCUUCGCAUCCAAGCAGCGUCGACGGGCGACUUCACCACCCGCUGGUUCUUCAAGAUCGGCAACUCCGACUGCCUCCAGCCGGCCAGGAUCGAGAUGAUUCUGCACCAGCCGGCAUCCACCCGCAAUCUCACCAUCCCUGUCAACAUAGCAGGCAUGUGUGAAGAGACCUCUGAGGGAUGGUUAGACACAGGCAACCAUAGAAUCUCCCUGUAUGCAGUGGCAGCGAACGAUCAGAGUCUGGAUUUCGCCGAGCACCAGUAUCCAUCCACGGCCCUGUUUGAAGUUCAAGAACUCUGCAAGACGACGGUGUCUGGCUUGAACUUUGCCUCCUUGGAGCAGAAGGUCACCGCCGACCCUGCUAACAGCACAUUUCCUGAACCGAUCCCCGAACCCAGCGGCAAUGCGCUCGGGUAGAGAGUUUCCAUACCAGGUUUAGCGACCGUCAGUCAGCAUACAGAGCUGG